AUUUAUUUCUUUCGAAAGUGUACUUUCUAUCACAUAAAAUUGUACUGUCUACUUAGGCCUAGGCCUAGUCAUAUUAUGCUUCAUCGUCCCCUGCUAUACACAGUACAUCAGUACAGUAGGCUAGCCCCACCCCCCACACGCUACAGUACAGACGUUUGCUAGGCAACAGAACGUGAUUGCGCCUUUCUUACCAGGUGUUCAUGUAAAUUUGCAUAGGCCUAUUGUUAGCUAACCAGCUGAGUGUAUUCCUUUGUGAAAAUGAGUACCGCGGGCCGCCGCGUACUCAUUUUCACAAAGCAUUUGCAUCCCCUCUUGAAAAGAGGGAACUUCGUAAUAGUUGUCACCAUAUCUUCGCUCAUUAUUCACCGUAAUUUAGCUUACAUUUAUGCAUGGAGGGAGCACUUUAAAUGUACAAUAAUCAUUUUACUACCCGACAAACCCCGAACUUUAUCUAUGCAUUACAUAAAUAGUUUCAUCUUGCUGUACUCCAACAUCACUGGCGCAUGGUAACAACCAAUUGGCAGACAUUUCCAGUCACACAUUACUCUCCAUAACGCAACACCCCUUGUUCCGUGUCAUCUGGAUUUAUACAUUUAUAUAUACAACUGUGUUAUUAUAAAUAUAACUAAUAAUAAAAACAGUUCUCGAAUAAAUGAACAAUGAUUUAAAGAUUGUAUCUGGCAAAGCAUCUGGUAAAGCAUCUCAAGUGGCUGAGAGGUAAAGUAAAGCUUACUUCAGACAUCGCAGUUGGUAUUAUGAUGAAAGUAACUUCGGAAUCAUUGCUGCUGCUAGCACUGUGUUUAUAUAACGACAUAAUAGUUACGGUGUUGAAAUAGGAUCGGUGAUGUAAAUAUCGUAUCGGGCAUAUUUGGUAUAUCACAGAUACAAUCAAACCACGGACAGAUGUAAAGGGGCCAGAUUAGAGACGAAUAUCCAAAGCCAUUCAAACCCAUAUAAAGGGAGUUAUCUGUACCCAGUAAUUUGUUAGUGGUGGUAUAUUUGCUAAACAUGUCUCUUAUGUUGUCGAAAUCAUACGUAAUCACGGGAUUAUGAUGUUUAAACACCUAUAGUGAAUGCUUUGGAACUUCCUCAUCGUCACUCCCAUUGGGUAAAUUUGCCCUGGACUCCCAACUGAGGUCACCCGCGUAUGUUGUAGAGCCCGAAGGUGCCCGUGGCCAGUCAAUAUAGUGAGAGGUAUUUCCUCACGUCACAAAAUUGGAACAUAUUUCUCUAUGAACUGAACGGCCACCGGUACCGCCAACUGUAGAUACCGUAUGUUCCGUGUUAUUGUAGGCGUGAAAAUGCGUCAAUACUAACCACACCUGAUUUGCAUAAAACUAAGCCUGCACAAUCAGCAAUAGUACAACUUUAAUAGUUUUACAAUACAAUUCUUAGUCUAUUGAAAACAAACAAUGUAAAACAAGUUUGCGAAUCCUCCGACAUGUUUGAAAUACUUAUGUGGGCUGCGACAAUCGGUGACAAACGUCAGUCAACCAUGGUAGCUGAUAUAAUAAAUCUAGUGCAUUCACAAACACCGUGGCUCUAUUUUUAUUUUGUUGUGAUUUGGUGAUGUUGUCAUUCUUGAGAAUACUUCGACUUUGGGCCUGAAUUAAGAACACAGCAAGGCAUCUUGUCAUUGCAAGAAGUGAACAGACGUCAUGGCGAAAUGUUUGGAAUCACUUUGUAUGAAUAUCUGUAUAUCUUUUUUCAGCGUCACUAUGCUCCUGGUGGGAGUUGCAGCAGCUGUGUUUGCCAUCGUUAUCCUUGCUACUGACAUUAAUCCAGACUACAGGGAUAUUACUGUAAACCCUACGUUUACCCAAAUCACAUAUGGAUUGUUCUUCAUUUGGCUGGUGUUCUCUUUAGUUACAAUUGUCGGCUGUUUUACACAUAUCAAAAAGAAUAGGCCAUGCAUGUACAUUUUCUUCAUCAUGCUUUUAACGACUUGUUCCAUAAUCUUAAUAAGUAGCAUCAUGCUGAUUACUGUCGGCAAAAAGGGAAUGAAGCAGUCAUACGAACAGGAAGUUAAAAAUAGUAUGAAUAACUUCGGUUUGAAAGGCUUCGAAAAGCUGACGAACACAUGGAACGCGGUUCAAUCACAGCAACAGUGCUGUGGGUAUUCAUCAUCAAUUGAUUGGAAUGGUGUUACUAUCAACGGAAGAAAAUCUGUAUUUCCAGAUUCAUGCUGUAUAGAAAGAUUUGAAUUCUGUGGACAGAGUGCAAAGACCAGUCAGGUUUUUCCGAGGGGAUGCGAGGAAAUUAUCACACAAACUAUUAACAGUGUGAUUUCGAAUUUGUUUAUUAUUUCACUUGGAUUCGGAUUGGGUAUGAUUAUUUUGAUGGUAUUCACAUUGUGUGUUUUGUGUCGCUCCGAUGCUCAACAGCCAGGAAGGGAUAUCGAAGUAAUGGCAAUGAAGGUGGAUAAAGAAAAGCAAAAGCCACCUAAACCGAAAUCUGACGAAGAUGAAAACAAGAUGUCAGUCAAGGAGAAAUUGAAGGGUAUAUUUAGGAAAAAAGAAAAUAAGUCAUAGAAUAGGCCUAUAAUAUUGCUUAAUAUUGUUUGUUUACAAGAAUUCCAGAAUCAUGUUCACAUACUCAUUAUAAGUCUAGAAUACGAACAAAUGCUUAUAGAUUGAUUAAUUAUUAUGAUAAUAACGAAAUAUGUCUUAGUGAAAAACUGGAAUUUAUUUGUUUCGAUUUCUUUAAAAACUGGUAUGUUUGUAGUCAUUCUCGGUCAUUCAUUCAUAAUUAAAAUUUUAAACGAUGAUUAAUUUUUUGUAAAUUUGUAUAGAAUUUUAAUAAAUUUGUGUAUGUAAUUUUAUAAAAUUUUGUUUAUAUUUGUAAAUGCAGCGAGCUACUUUUAAUUUUCAUGCAUGAAUGAUGUUUUAUCUUACUGUUAGGUUAUGCCUAAUACAUUUAUUUUACUAUAAUAUAAUGUUGAAUACUGUUAUGCUAUUUUUAUUAUACUUUGUAAUAGUUUAGUCUGUAUUAACCAUAUUGUAGAGUGCAUGUAUAAAGUUCGUCCUAAAGUCCCCCUCAUAAAUUUUGUUGUCCAAAUCACCCGUUGGGUAAUAUUCCAAAUAAGGUUAAGGGACUGUUGAAUCUGAGUUGUGUGAUGAUGUCAUCUACAACUUCAUCCUUAAGAAGAUGAUGUCAUUCCCAAAUUCAUCUUAAAGCUAGUAAAUUCAUCUUAAAGUUAUGUGGUGAUGUCUUAAUAAUCUCCCCCCACAUAUCCUGUUCAUAAAUGUAUAUAAUGAUGUACAAUCCUAUCAUUUAGUUAGUCCAAAAGUUCUAUCAUCAGUUAUCAUCAACUUUAUUACAAGUCUUUCUGUCUGCCGUAGUUCAUUAAGUUUAUCUAUAGACCUUGCCGUUCCCGGACACCAGUCUUUGAUCCAACUUACUUAGCCGUGGGCUCAGGUAAUUCUGUAAGUUUUCGACCAUCUUAAAGAAUUUAAUUGUGUUUUACCACCAUCAUUUUUGUUCUCUUUUAUAAUAAUGUAUCCGUGUUUUUAUUAAUAAAUGUACAUAUUGUAUAUAAUACUAAGCUAUUGCGUUUCCU